CUUGACUCUUCUACACCGUGUUUCCCCUCUCUCAUUGAUGUGUAGGGUUUUAAUAAACACUGUCUUGACAAACUCACACCAUCGAAGAUACCCAUUAUAGAAUUCAUAAAAAUCUUAUCUUUCUUGUAUCUUCUUGAGCUGGGCUUGAGCUCACAGAAGAGAGCAAAAUCCUAGCUUAUUUUGACUUGAUUAUGGUGGGGCCAUAUAGUUUGCUCGGCCAUCCUAGCUUUCUUAGCUGAAAUCUGGGAAGUAAUGAACCAAUUUUCACUGAUAUAGUCGAGAGAGAAUAGGGGAGGAAAUGGAAGGGAAGGAGCACGGGUUGAUGCUGGCUUGUGUAAUUUCGGCGACGCUUUUCUCUGUUCUGGGUUCUGCUUCUUUCACCAUACUGUGGCUGGUGAACUGGAGGCCAUGGCGGAUAUAUAGUUGGAUCUUUGCUAGAAAAUGGCCAGCAUUUUUACAAGGACCUCAGCUUGGAAUAUUAUGUGGUUUUCUGUCUCUCUUUGCAUGGAUGAUUGUAAUUUCACCAGUGGUGGUACUUAUUUUAUGGGGAAGUUGGUUGAUUUUGAUACUAGGUCGAGACAUAAUUGGUCUGGCUGUUAUAAUGGCUGGAGUUGCUCUUGUUUUGGCAUUUUACUCGAUAAUGCUCUGGUGGAGAACACAAUGGCAAAGCUCAAGGGCAGUUGCUGUUCUACUUCUUCUGGCUGUUGGAUUGCUUUGUGCAUAUGAACUUUGUGCUGUGUAUGUUACAGCUGGUGUAAAAGCAUCAGAGCGGUAUUCACCUUCAGGAUUUUUCUUUGGUGUGUCAGCAAUUGCCCUGGCAAUCAACAUGCUUUUUAUAUGCAGGAUGGUAUUCAAUGGCAAUGGCUUGGAUGUUGAUGAAUACGUGCGAAGGGCAUAUAAAUUUGCUUACUCGGAUUGUAUUGAAGUGGGUCCAGUUGCUUGCUUAACAGAACCACCAGACCCCAACGAGUUAUAUCCUCGUCAAUCUAGAAGGGCUUCGCAUCUUGGGCUUCUAUAUCUUGGUUCCAUUGUAGUUCUGCUGGUAUAUUCCAUCUUGUAUGGCCUGACUGCGAAAGAGUCAAAUUGGCUUGGAGCUACUACAUCAGCUGCUGUUAUUAUUCUUGAUUGGAACAUGGGGGCAUGUUUAUAUGGGUUUCAGCUGCUUAAAAAUCGUGUUGCCGCACUUUUUGUGGCUGGCUUAUCUCGGGUCUUCCUCAUAUGCUUUGGAGUUCAUUACUGGUAUCUUGGACAUUGUACCAGUUAUGCAGUUGUAGCAUCUGUACUACUAGGUGCUGCCGUUUCUCGUCAUUUAUCAGUUACAAAUCCAUCAGCUGCGAGAAGAGAUGCAUUGCAUAGUACAGUAAUUCGCCUUCGAGAAGGAUUUCGUAGAAAAGACCAAAACAGCUCAUCUAGCUCGUCCGAAGGCUGUGGUUCAAGUGUAAAACGGAGUAGUAGUGCGGAUGCUGGUCAUCUUGGUACUGCUUCAGCACCUUGUACUGGCGAGGUUACAAUCUGGAAUAAUGUUGAAGGGAUUCAUAGCGAUAAGAGCAUAGAUAGCGGAAGACCAAGUUUAGCAUUACAUAGCAGUUCCUGUCGUUCAGUAGUUCAAGAAACUGAAGUUGGGCCUUCAUAUACUGAUAAGAACAUUGACCACAAUAGCUGUUUGGUAGUUUGUUCUAGUAGUGGUAUGGAAAGCCAAGGCGGUGAGUCUAGUGCGUCAACCUCUCUAAUUCAAGCAAUGGACUUGAAUUUGGCACUUGCAUUCCAGGAGAAGUUGAGUGAUCCACGGAUUGCAUCUAUGUUGAAAAGGAGAUCAAGACGAGGAGAGCUGGAACUAACCAGUUUACUGCAGGAUAAAGGUCUAGACCCUAAUUUUGCUGUGAUGCUGAAGGAGAAUGGAUUGGAUCCAAUGAUCCUUGCUCUACUGCAGAGAAGUAGUUUGGAUGCUGAUAGAGACCACCGUGACAAUACUAAUACGAACAUCAUUGACUCAAACAGUGUUGAAAAUGUGCCACCGAAUCAAAUUUCAUUUUCAGAAGAACUUAGGCUUCGUGGAUUGGAGAAGUGGCUUCGCCUGUGUAGACUAAUGUUGCAUCAUAUAGCAGGUACCCCAGAACGAGCAUGGGUUCUCUUCAGUUUUGUCUUUAGCAUUGAGACUACCAUUGUGGCCAUUUUUCGCCCAAAGGCAAUAUACCUCAUAGAUGUCACUCACCAACAGUUUGAAUUUGGCAUUGCGGUGCUGCUUUUAUCUCCUGUUGUCUGUUCAAUCAUGGCUUUCCUUAGGUCACUUCAAUCUGAAGAAUUGUCCAUGACUUCGAAACCACGCAAGUAUGGUUUUAUAGCUUGGUUGCUGAGUACUUCUGUUGGAUUGUUGCUUUCCUUUCUGAGCAAGUCAUCAGUUCUUCUUGGAUUAUCUUUGACACUACCUCUCAUGGUUGCUUGCCUAUCGAUUGGCGUUCCCUUAUGGAUUCGUAAUGGUUACCAGUUUUGGGUUCCAAGAGUUGGUAAUGCAGGCGAUGCAGGAAAUAAUGGAAUUCUGGGGAGAAAGGAGGUUAUUGUUCUUUUCACUUGCAUAUCCUUGUUUGUGGGAUCAGUGAUAGCCCUUGGUGCAAUUGUAUCUGUAAAGCCUUUAGAUAAUUUGAAAUACAAUGCGUGGAACGGUGAUCAGAAUAGUGUUUCAUCUCCCUAUACAUCAUCAGUGUAUAUUGGAUGGGCAAUGGCAUCGGCAAUUGCUUUGGUAGUUGCUGGCGUGCUGCCGAUAGUGUCAUGGUUUGCAACAUAUCGUUUUUCACUCUCAGCUGCUGUAUGUGUUGGUUUGUUUGCAGCUAUUCUUGUGGCAUUCUGUGGUGCAUCCUACAUGGAGGUGGUGAGUUCGAGGAACGACCAGUCUCCAACCAAGGCUGAUUUUCUCACCGCAUUACUACCUUUGAUAUGUCUACCAGCAUUAUUAUCACUAUGUUCAGGUUUGCUUAAAUGGAAAGAUGAUAACUGGGAACUUUCCCGAGGUGCUUACUUGUUCAUAAUCAUUGGUCUUCUUCUGUUGUUUGGUGCAAUGUCAGCCAUAAUUGUGACAGUUCAACCAUGGACGAUAGGUGCAUCAUUCCUUUUAGUUAUUCUCCUCCUCAUCCUGGCUAUUGGUGUUAUUCACUAUUGGGCUUCAAAUAACUUUUACCUGACAAGGCUGCAGACGCUAUUCGUUUGCUUUGUAGCAUUUCUUUUGGCUUUAGCAGCUUUCCUUGUUGGCUGGUUUCAAGAGAAAGCUUUUGUUGGCGCAUCUGUUGGUUACUUCUCCUUUCUGUUCCUUUUGGCUGGAAGGGCCUUGACUGUGCUUCUUUCGCCUCCUAUAGUAGUUUAUUCACCGAGGGUGCUGCCUGUCUAUAUUUAUGAUGCUCAUGCAGAUACUGGGAAAAACGUCAGUGCUGCAUUUCUUAUGCUUUAUGGCAUUGCAUUGGCUACUGAAGGCUGGGGUGUAGUCGCCAGUUUGAAGAUUUAUCCACCAUUUGCUGGUGCUGCCGUAUCUGCAAUCACACUUGUUGUGGCUUUUGGAUUCGCCGUCUCUCGUCCGUGUUUAACUCUUGAGACGGUGGAAGAUGCUGUUCAUUUUCUAAGUAAGGAAACUAUAAUCCAGGCAAUAGCUCGAUCAGCUACCAAGACAAGAAAUGCAUUAUCUGGAACUUACUCUGCUCCUCAGAGGUCUGCAAGCUCAGCUGCGCUUUUAGUUGGAGAUCCUACUGUUGCGCGGGAUAGGGCCGGGAACUAUGUGCUUCCUAGAGCCGAUGUCAUGAAACUAAGAGAUCGUUUGCGAAAUGAAGAACUGGCUGCUGGAUCAUUCUUCUCCAAAUUGAGAAGUCGAAGGAUAUUGCGGCAUGAAUCAAUCGGUGAUGUAGGUCACAAAAGAGAAAUGUGUGCCCAUGCCAGAAUACUGGCUCUGGAAGAGGCAAUUGAUACUGAAUGGGUUUACAUGUGGGAUAAGUUUGGUGGUUAUUUACUUCUUCUGCUUUCCUUGACUGCCAAAGCAGAACGGGUACAGGAUGAAGUUCGUUUGAGAAUCUUCCUUGACAGCAUAGGUUUUUCAGAUUUAAGUGCCAAAAAAAUUAAAAAGUGGAUGCCUGAGGAUCGUAGGCAAUUUGAAAUUAUACAGGAGAGUUACAUAAGAGAGAAGGAGAUGGAAGAGGAAAUUUUGAUGCAGAGACGUGAAGAGGAAGGGAGAGGUAAAGAAAGAAGAAAAGCUCUUCUGGAGAAAGAAGAACGUAAAUGGAAGGAAAUUGAGGCUUCUCUUAUAUCUUCUAUUCCUAAUGCUGGAAGCAGGGAGGCAGCAGCCAUGGCUGCCGCUGUGCGGGCUGUAGGAGGGGAUUCAUUGCUUGACGAUUCAUUUGCACGGGAGAGAGUUUCAAGCGUUGCAUAUAGAAUACGUGCAACUCAGUUAUCUGAUAGGGCACUUCAGACGGGCCUUGCUGGUGCUAUAUGUAUUCUUGAUGAUGAACCCACAACAAGUGGCAGGCGCUGUGGACAGAUUGAUUCUAGUUUAUGUCAAAGUCAGAAAGUUAGCUUCUCUGUUUCUGUAAUGAUUCAGCCUGAGUCUGGGCCUGUUUGUCUCUUGGGUACUGAAUUACAGAAGAGAGUGUGUUGGGAAAUUCUUGUGGCUGGAUCUGAACAAGGCAUUGAAGCUGGACAAGUUGGUUUGCGAUUAAUUACAAAAGGUGAUAGACAGACUACUGUUGCAAAGGAGUGGAGUAUAAGUUCAUCAAGUAUUGCAGAUGGAAGGUGGCAUAUUGUCACUUUGACCAUUGAUGCGGAUUUAGGUGAGGCCACUUGCUUCAUUGAUGGUGGUUAUGAUGGCUAUCAGACUGGGCUUCCACUUAAUGUGGGUAAUGGCAUAUGGGAGCAAGGAACAGAAGUUUGGCUUGGAGUUAGACCACCCACAGAUGUGGAUGCAUUUGGGAGGUCGGAUAGCGAAGGUGCUGAAUCCAAAAUGCACAUAAUGGAUGUUUUCCUUUGGGGAAGGUGCUUGAAUGAAGAUGAGAUUGCUGCUCUUGCUGCUGCUAUGGGUUCUUCUGAUUACAAUACAAUGGAUAUCCUCGAUGAUAAUUGGCAGUGGUCAAGUUCUCCUCCAAGGGUUGAGGACUGGGAGAGUGAUCCUGCAGAUGUAGAUCUUUAUGACAGGGAUGAUGUAGAUUGGGACGGGCAAUAUUCAAGUGGGAGGAAGAGAAGAUCAGAUCGUGAAGGGGUCGUGGUAGAUGUGGAUUCUUUUACUAGGAGGUUGAGGAAACCUAGGAUGGAGACACAGGAGGAAAUCAAUCAACGUAUGCGGUCUGUAGAAUUGGCUGUAAAGGAGGCUCUCUUGGCUAGAGGAGAAUCACAGUUUACUGAUCAAGAAUUUCCACCUAAUGAUCGCUCAUUAUUUGUUGAUCCUAACAAUCCUCCCUCAAAAUUGCAGGUUGUUUCAGAGUGGAUGAGGCCUAUUGAAAUAGUGAAGGAAAAGCAUCUGGAUUCUAAUCCAUGCUUAUUUUCGGGAAGAGCAAAUCCUUCUGAUGUUUGUCAGGGCCGGUUGGGUGAUUGUUGGUUUUUGAGCGCUGUUGCAGUGCUGACUGAGGUUUCACGCAUAUCGGAAGUCAUUAUUACUCCACAAUAUAAUGAAGAAGGAAUUUAUACAGUCCGUUUCUGUAUUCAGGGAGAAUGGGUUCCCGUUGUUGUAGAUGACUGGAUUCCAUGUGAAUCACCUGGCAAACCUGCAUUUGCUACCAGCAGGAAGGGUAAUGAAUUGUGGGUCUCUGUAUUAGAAAAAGCAUAUGCUAAGCUUCAUGGAUCAUAUGAAGCAUUGGAAGGCGGGCUUGUCCAAGAUGCUCUUGUGGACCUAACUGGCGGUGCAGGUGAGGAGAUUGAUAUUAGAAGUGCUCAAGCCCAGAUUGACCUAGCUAGUGGAAGACUAUGGUCUCAAUUAUUACGCUUCAAACAAGAAGGCUUCCUGCUUGGUGCUGGCAGCCCUUCAGGGUCGGAUGUGCAUGUUUCUUCCAGUGGAAUUGUGCAAGGGCAUGCUUACUCGAUAUUACAGGUACGAGAAGUAGAUGGCAAUAAACUUGUUCAGAUCAGAAAUCCAUGGGCAAACGAGGUUGAGUGGAAUGGCCCUUGGUCCGAUUCAUCACCUGAAUGGACAGAUAGGAUGAAGCACAAGCUCAAGCAUGUCCCUCAGGCAAGAGAUGGUAUAUUCUGGAUGUCUUGGCAAGAUUUUCAGAUACAUUUCAGGUCGAUAUAUGUGUGCCGUGUCUACCCACCCGAGAUGCGUUAUUCUGUCCAUAGUCAGUGGAGAGGUUACAGCGCUGGAGGCUGCCAGGACUAUGAUAGUUGGCAUCAAAAUCCACAGUUCCGCUUGAGAGCCAUGGGGCCAGAUGCAUCCUUACCGAUUCAUGUGUUCAUCACCUUAACUCAGGGUGUGAGCUUCUCGAGAACAACAGCUGGUUUCAAGAAUUUCCAGUCAAGCCAUGAUUCACAGAUGUUCUACAUAGGGAUGAGGAUUCUCAAGACCCGUGGACGUCGUGCUGCCUACAAUAUAUACUUGCACGAAUCAGUUGGUGGCACAGAUUAUGUAAAUUCUCGGGAAAUAUCUUGUGAGAUGGUCCUUGAGCCUGAUCCUAAGGGUUACACAAUUGUGCCAACAACCAUUCAUCCUGGAGAAGAGGCACCCUUUGUUCUCUCUGUAUUCACCAAAGCUUCAGUAGCUCUUGAAGCUUUAUAGUACAGUGACGGCUUUUUUUUUUUUUUCCCUUCUGCAAACUUCUGGACAGAUCCUUGCAGGCGUGCGUGCAUUGCCCUUCAUAUGUGCAAGCUGCCAAAUAAUCCAAAAAUGAGGGGCUGUCGUGAUUGAGCACAAUGUGGUUCUGAUUGCAGCUGGAAUUUUGGAUUCGAGGGAAUUUACUGACUGCGCAAGCGUGCUUUGUCACAUGAAUUUUCACAAUCCAAUAGCAUCUAGGUGUCAAUGAUUUAUGAGCACCCAAGAAUGCGAGCAUAGGAGCUUCUCCGUGCUCAAGCAAUUUGAUUGGCCUUUACCGAGGGUUCUCGAGGAUAAAAAUGUGUACAUGAGUAAAUGUUGCAAGAGUAUAGGUUUCAACCUGUAAAUGAGCAGUAGAAGAAAAGGGUUCAAAGAAAUAGGUAGACAUUGUUAGAGGAUCACAAAUAGCAAUGUAGCUGAAAAUGGUUUGAAGUUUCAGCUGCAAUUUUGAGGGUAGAAGUCAAUUGUACAAGUUGUUUUCUAAUCAUUUUACUUUAAUUUGCAAUACAGUCUCAAUGUAUUUUUUCCAUUUUUUCAA